AUGUUAUUUACAAAAAUUAUGAAAUUUCGAAUUUUGGAAUUAAUUAAUGAAAAUUAUGAUGAUAUACAUCCAGCAACACGUUCUGUAGAGGCAAAUAAACGUGUAACGGCUGCUUGGGAACGUGUAACUACUGCUAUGAAUAAUGAAUUCCCUGACAAUAUUGUGUCGACUAAACAAAUUAAAGAAUGCUUUAAAUAUCUCAAAAAAAUUUCUAGAGACCAAACUUCGAAAGUUUGUUAUGAUGAACAAAAUGUGAAAAAAGAAAAUGAUGACACAAGUACAGCCUCUAGCAAAUCACCUCCAAUAGUUGGUGGAAUGCUCGAAAAUUUUCUUUGUGGAUUACCUGCAGUAAUUUCAAGUAUUAAUGAUGACACUUUGGAAUUUAAUAAAAACCAAAAUAAUUUUUGUAUUACUCCAAACAAUUGCUCAACUACGCAAAUUGAUUUAAAUGAAAAUUCAAAUCAAUCUUCAACUUCUAGAAAACGACCAAAUAAUUUAUUAAAUUCUGAUGCUUUAAAAAAAGCAAAAUUAAACGAUUCUGAGGAAAAUGAUAAUAAUUUAUUGGAUUUACAAGAAUCUUUAUUAGAAGCUAAAUUAGAAUUAACAAAGAAAAAGAUUGAAACUUUGGAGAAAAUAAAUAAAUUUUAUGAAAAUGGACAAUUAUUUUUUAAAGCGGGAAUUAAAUUUUUUGAAAAUAAAUGA